CUGAGGUCUGUGAGAGGGAAGUGGUAAACGCUUAUGAGUGUAUUUAAACUUUACUUCUGCAUGAGCAUUAUCCACUCUCAGUAGACUGAAUGUGACUCUCAUCAUGUACCUGAUUCAAGACAUCAUCCUGCUGCUACUCAGCAUCAGUCUAGUUCAGAGUCUUUCCAUAAAGGUAUUGGCUGACAUGACCUCUGGAAAGACUGAUAACAGCAUUGACCAGGAUUAUUUCUCUGUAUCUGCCAUAAUUGAAAGAGCCAACAAGAAUAUGGGAAAGUCAAAGGAUGGGUUUAUCAUUAUACAAGGUGACAUAGCGGUGUACACUGGGCUCCAGAAUGCAGAUCCAUGUACUUCUCGUGGGUGCAAAUGGCGCAAGGGCAGGGAUGGGAAGGUUAAAGUGCCCUACGUCAUUUCUCAGCAGUAUUCACCCUCUGAAAGAGGUGUUAUACAGCGUGCACUGAGGUCCUUUGAAAAUUCAACCUGUGUCCAAUUCCAGCUUCGCACCAAUGAAGAAGACUAUGUUGAUAUACUCUCAGACAAUGGGUGCUACUCUUUUGUGGGUCGCAGAGGUGGAAGGCAGGUUGUGUCCCUACAACGAAAUGGCUGUGUUUACCAUCACACUGUCCAACAUGAGCUUCUUCAUGCUCUGGGCUUUAAUCAUGAGCAGACUCGUAGUGACCGCGACAAUCAUGUCAGAAUCCUAUUGCAAAAUGUUAUACGUGGACAAGAACACAAUUUUGAUAAAAUCAACACCAACAAUUUGAACACUCCAUAUGACUACAAUUCUGUCAUGCACUAUUCAAGGUUUGCUUUCUCCAGCAACAGGCAGCCAACCAUCAUCCCUAUACCAGACAAUAACGUUCCCAUUGGACGUGCCACUGAGAUGAGCCUUAAUGAUAUUCUACGGAUUAACAGGCUCUACGACUGCCGUUAAACGAGCUACUCUUAACAUCACCAGUGUAUUUAAAAUACCUAAAAUGCUUUUAGAAACUGUUUGCAACAAUUUUGAAGUCUCUGCUCUUGAUGUAGUCUGAUGGUGUUUCCCCCCUCAAAUUUCAGAAAUUAAAAAGAAAAAAAAAGUUUUGCAAAAGCA